AAAAUUAGGGUUUGUAUAAGUAGCUCUUGCGGCUUCUUCUUCUCCUCCUCCUCCUCCUCCUCUGGUCGUAGACGCCGCUACAACCACCUGAAGAUCUCCAACCAUGGCAGUCGGGAAGAACAAGAGAAUAUCCAAGGGUAGGAAGGGAGGAAAGAAGAAGAUAGUCGAUCCUUUCUCUAAGAAGGAUUGGUAUGACGUCAAGGCUCCCUCAGUUUUCAGUGUGAGGAAUGUCGGAAAGACCCUUGUUUCUAGAACGCAAGGUACCAAGAUUGCCUCUGAAGGACUAAAACAUAGGGUUUUUGAGAUAUCCCUUGCUGAUCUUCAAGGUGAUGAGGAUAACGCUUACAGGAAGAUCCGUCUCAGAGCCGAGGAUGUUCAGGGCAGGAAUGUGCUCACUAACUUCUGGGGAAUGGAUUUCACAACCGACAAGCUCAGGUCUUUGGUACGCAAAUGGCAGACUCUGAUCGAAGCUCAUGUCGAUGUCAAAACCACCGACAACUAUACCCUGAGGUUGUUCUGCAUUGCCUUCACCAAGAGACGUGCUAACCAGGUCAAACGAACUUGCUACGCUCAGUCCAGCCAGAUCCGUCAGAUCAGGAGGAAGAUGAGGGAAAUCAUGGUGAAGGAAGCUUCGUCGUGUGAUCUAAAGGAGCUCGUGGCCAAGUUCAUUCCUGAGGCAAUCGGUAGAGAGAUUGAGAAGGCGACACAAAGCAUCUACCCUCUUCAGAACGUGUUCAUCCGUAAAGUCAAGAUCCUCAAAGCUCCUAAAUUCGACCUCGGCAAACUCAUGGAGGUUCACGGCGAUUACUCUGAGGAUGUCGGAGUGAAGGUAGAGAGGCCAGCCGACGAAACCAUGGCCGAGGAACCGACGGAAGUCAUCGGAGCCUAGAGAGUUUCGCGUUUUCUGCUCUGUUUGGAAAAACAAAUGUAAUGUUGUUUUUCUUUAAUAGUCGUUUUUUGGGUCCGAGAGAGUUUUCCCAUGACUUAGCGUCCAAUGAUAUUUGUUUUGUUAUUACGUCGGCAUCACUUUUCGUCACGAGAAAUUUACUCUAAAUUCGUACAGUACUAAGCUUA